UACCUAUAUUAUAUUAUUUUAUACUAUACCAUUUAUUUCAUAAUUAGUAUUUACUAUUUAGUUCAUGCUACUUAUAAAUUACAAUAACAUUUUAAGAUACUAAAAUAUUUAAACUUGAAUAGCUACUAAUAAUUUAAUAGUUUAUAAUUUAAUAACAAACACCUAUUGUUGUUUAAAUAAUCAAUAUUAGUUCAAAAAAAUAAUACAUAAAUCAUUUCUUGUCAUUUAAGUAUUAAUAUUACUUAUAAAUUGAUCUGUCCCUUCAAAAUGACCCAAUUUUUAAAUAUACCAGAAUCGUAUAAAGACAUAACAACAGCUGCUAUAAAAGGAUUGGGAUGUUAUAAUGACACGGUGAUUUGUACAACGGACAAAAAACUUCUCACUUUUUUUAAAGGAUGUCUGAUGAAAAAUUGUAACGUGGAGAUUGAAGUUAAACAUUUAGAACCAUUUAUUGUAUAUAAUGAACCUGAAGUUGAAGUUUAUUACAUUUUACAUGGAGACAAUAAAGUCGUAAUUGUCAAAGAAGAAACAAGUCUUAAGAUUAUUACAACUUAUUCCAAUGUAUAUGAAAUGAUUGUCAAUGACCAUAAUAAUUCAGGAACACCUCAACUUUAUAUGAGAACUGACAAAGGUUUUGAAUCAGUUGAUAAUUUUGAAAAUAAGGAACAAAUUAGUAGUAUACAUCAAGAAACUUCUGUCGUAUAUACAUUUUGUGUAAACAAAUUACAAAAUUUAAAAACAUUAUAUGACACAGAAAGAAAUAGAUUAUCACAAAAAACUUCAUCUUUCAUUAGUGCUGUAAUGCAAAUAUCAAAUGAUACUAUUUCUGAUGUUAAUUUGUUAUCAAAUGUUGUCACUAAAAACUCUUGGCUAAAAUUAUCUAAUGAAAAUCUUGUAUACGGAUUUACUCUACAAAACAUUUCAAAAUUAUCUGUAUCAAAUUUUAAUAUAAUACUAUUAGAAGACAGUAAACAAAUAUGGUCAAAAUUUCGCUAUGAAUGUUGGGCUAUUGAAAAAAAUAAAAGUGGGUUUAACUUUUAUAGUGGUCAUGAAAAUACUUGUAUUUCAAAAAGUAUUCAAAAAAGUUCUGUGAGUUUGAAUUCUGAAAGCUCAACCAUAAUCACAAUUGUUAUUGAUAAUUGGAAUACUAAAUCACUUCCAUAUUUUAUUAAUGGUAUGAUAUACACAAAUAACAAAAAUGACAAUAUGAUUGAAUACAUUAAUUCUGAUAAAAUUAUGGUUACUGCAAACUUAUUCUUGGAUAAAGAAUUUGAUAUAUUUGUUAAAAAUGGAGUUUUUGUUGAAGAUUUAGUGACUUUACGUUGCACUAAAUUAAUCUCUUGUUAUCAAAUCAAGAAUACUAUGUGUCUUGAAGAUCUAAAAAAUAUGAUGAUAAACAAUUUUAAAUUUAAUAUAAAACAUAAUUGGUUUGUUCACAGUUCUUUAUCAUGGUUAAGAACAAUUGUAUGCUAUUUGGAUUUAGUAUCGCCAUUAGAGUAUAUUCUUAAAGUAUAUUCAGACUCAUUGGGGCUUACAAAAACAUUUAUUCAAGUACUGACUACAAUGUUAUCUGAACACACUAUUAUUAAUUAUCUAGAUACUAAAGUACCAACAUAUUAUAAUAUGGAUACUGCUAUACUAGAUUUAAGAGAUCUCCGAAGAAUAUUUAAAAAAUAUUUAAAUAAACAAAUAAUAAUACCAAGAGAUCAGUGGAAUAUUACUCGUUGUAAAUUGUUGUUUACCUGACACGUCGAAUACGUCUCCACGAUGAUGCCGUGUGAUGGAAACGGUGGCAAAAACAGCAUCCAACAAGAUCGCGAUUAAGAAUGCCGUCGUUAACGCCGGCAAAGGCUGUGAACGAAGCUUCAUCACAACUCGUGUCGUUGAUGUCCGCGCACGCUGCACUGCAGCACGCGUGACGACGGCGACGAUAACUUUCGCCGUUCGUUCUUCUUCAGCCAGCACCGUCACCGCACUCGUCCUCCAUCCGAUCAACAAAGCGUCCGCCGCUGAUCUAUCUUCUAUACAUUUUCGGUAAACACGCACCAAAACAAAAGGAAAAAAAAACAUUAUAAUAUCGUUCAUACUUCAUUUUGUAUUAUCGACUUUUGUAAUAACAAUUGGCGUGUCGUAAUGAGCCUUAUCGUAAUAUAGGUAUUAGGUAUGAUAAUUGUGAGCAUUAAAAACAAUUUACGUUUUAUUACAUAAUUAUGUCUCCAAAAAAAUAAUAAAUGCAUUGGUUUAUCGAA